AGGAAACAUGGCGGAUGUGGAAGCGACGAAGUCCCUGAGCGGACUGUUGAAUGGAAUAGCUCAGAAAGUUUAUUACAAGAACCGAGAGAUCACCGAGGAGCUGCUAAAGACUGAGCUGUAUCCGGAUCUACCGGAGGAGGAAUUCAGGGCCCUGCAUGAGAAAAUGAAGAGCCUGUUAAAGUCCAUAGCCACUGCUGAUAUGGACCACGCCCAGCUGGAGGCCUUCCUUACAGCACAGACGAAGAGGCAGGGCGGCGGUGGGGUCACUGUUGAACAGGCGGCAGCUCUCUCUCGGUUCUGGAAGAGUCAGCGAGCCCGGGUGAGGGAGAGUCUGCUGGCUCAGAGCCGCUGGGAGCCUGGCCUCAGGGGCCUCUCCUGGAGGGUGGACCUACAGACUGCAGCCAGCCGGGGGGACACAGCGCACAGCAGCCCUGUCGCCCUGAUGGAACUGGAGUUGGGCAGAACGGGACAGGAGUCUGAGUUCGUGUGUCUGGAGUUUGAUGAGGCCAAAGUCAACCAGGUGCUGAAAAAGAUGGCCGACAUCCAGAGGAGCAUCGACAGCGUGGUUCAACGUACCUGAGGCUCUGAGAGAGCGUUUAUGGCUGAGAGAGACAUGCGGUCCUUCAUGGAGGGUGUUUCCUCUCUGCGUUCCUGUUCAGCCUGUUCGACAGCUUCUCUCACCACUCAGACUUGUUCAGAUCUGAAAACCUCCACAUCCAACAGACUCAGAGAGGAUCUACCGUGGAUGUAGGUCAUGUUUAGACCUGUUCCCAGCUGACUCUGAUGGCUUUUCUGACUCUUUAAUGGACCAGAAACUGUUUUUAUAAUGGGAACCUUCACUGUCCUCCUUUUUCAAUAUAAAGUGUCCUGCCUCUCCCUAACAGCGAAAAAUACCACUCAGUCUUUUAAAGUGAAAGGGAGGGGAAGAUCCAGUUAGAGCAGGAGGUUCUGGAUUAAAGGCCUUUGCACACCAUUGACAAGUUCAUUUCCUGAAAUUACUCUCAUGUAAUUAGCUUUUUUUCAUGUUAGCAUGUUAAUACAAGCCUCUCUUAAUGUUGAUUUUUCCAAGACAGAACUCACCUGUUUGUGUAAGUAAAGUGACGCACAGCAGUGAGGUCAGACCUCUCAGAGUCUGGAGUGUGUAAUAGCAGCAACAUGCAGCGAGCGGCUCUGAUCGGCUCUGAUUGGCUCUGAUUGCCCUGUCAGUUUAUAUUUUAGUUACUAAAGCCUUUCUGUGGCCUGAACAGUCUUGAUGUGUGGAUGAAUUUAACUGAAUGUGGGCUCAAACCAGGUUUAGUUAGUUAGUUUGAUGUUUUUGGUUGGUGUUCAGGUUUAAGGCUGAAGAGGAGGGUGAUGUUCCAUCUCAUAAUUCCUCCUCUGGAUGUGCAGGAUUAUAAUCCAGUGGAUGUUUAUGCUGUGGGAUUAUUGUGAUCUCAUAUCCAGGAUUCUCUUACUAAUGGGAUUUAAAGCUUGGAUGCUGAAUCAGAGGUGUGUCUGUGUUUUUAAUCUGAUGUUUUUAUGGUUCUUCUUCAUGAUUUUGAUUUUAAAGGUGCAGUGUGUGAUUUUUAGAUCUUGGUAUGAAUGAGUCCGAGUAUGUAGAAGUACCCAUCCAUCCAGCUUCUUGCACCUAUCCGGGCUGGGUUGCAGUGACAGCAGGCUAAACGAGUCCUCCCAGACCUCCCUGAGGGGUUCCCAGACCAGACUGGAAAAGUAAUCCCUCCAGCAUAUUCUGGGUCUACCAAGAGGUCUCCUCUCAGCCGGACAUCCCCGGAAUAACUCCAGAGGAAGGCGCCCAGGAGGAUCCUGAUUCACCUGAACCACCUCAGCUGGCUCCUUUCUUUGUGAUGGAGCAGCUUCAUCCUCAUGGCCCAGAUAUUAACAGACCUGUAUUUAAGAUCAUUUCAAAAACCUUUGAGCUCACUCACCAAUAGUCAAGAAAAAAAUAGCUGUAAAAUGUCUUAAGAAAGCAUUCUUUAUUUAAAAUAUCAGAUUAUCAGUGAAAUUACCUUGGUUAUAAACUCAACCAUUUAAUCAUUAUUAAUAUCCUCAUCUAUGAAGCUCCAGAUCUGUUAUUAGCUGAUAACUGAGGCUCUUUCACAUACUCCACCACUGACCUCUGUGAGUUUGUGCUGAUUUUUUUCAGUUUAACAGGAACAAUAACCAAACUUCUGCCUUAGUGAGGUCAUAAUUCUGCCAGAUUAUAACAUCCUGUAUAGAGCUGUUAGGUGCAUAAACAUAAAGAUUAUUGAAUCUUUGUUUAAACCUCCUGUUGUCUCCGGGUUAAUUUGACCCAAUUGUGAAAAUUAAAAUAUAACUUUGGUUUUAUCCAAAUAGUUGCCUGGAAAUGACAUGGAUGAUUCCACUUUAUUCUCUUUGCUAGUAAAAGUUAAUUUUUAACAUUUCUGUUGAACUGUAUGUGUUCAAUAAAAGUUUAUAGCAUCUGUA